GCCAGACCAUCAUCCGGGUCUUUCAGAUUAUAAUGGCGGUCAAGGUGGCAACUCUGUAAUUGUUCAUGAUCGCUUGAUUUUAUUGCCUAGAUGUUAUGUAAAUGUCCAUUUAGCAAGUUGGUUGUAAAUAGUAUGCUGAUUUAAAAAUGCAGAGUAAUCAGACGACAUUCAGUAAUGACACGUUUAAAGUGAUUGGAACUGUUGAAAUCGAUCAAGAAAAACAGACAGCGGCCAUGACGGUUCCGUCGUCGAGUCAAAAUGCACAAGUUCCAUCAUCACAAUCGUGCGGCCUUGAUGUUUCUUGCAGUGAUGACGACGAAGUUUCAGAGGUGGAUUCUUUUAUCCUUGACACGGAGGACCCAGGCCUAGAGUCCAAUUUCCUGCUGCCGUCGGCCGUUGAGAACACAAACCUACACACUGUUACAGUGGACCCAGAGACCCACGCCCGCCUGGAGGCCCUGCUAGAGGCUGCAGGUAUUGGCAAGCUGUCCACAGCGGAUGGAAAAGCCCUAACUGACCCUGAAGUUCUGCGCAAGCUGACCUCGUCUGUGAGCUGUGCCCUGGAUGAGGCUGCGCAGGCUCUGCACAAGAUGAGGGCAGAACAACAGAGCCAGUUAGGGAACACUGACAGUCAGCGGUCACUAGCGGAGGCGUGCAGUGAUGGUGAUGUGCCCACAGUGCGCAAGCUGCUGCGCGAAGGUGGCAGCGUGCAUGAGACCACAGAGGAGGGGGACAGUCUACUCUCCCUGGCCUGCUCAGCCGGAUACUAUGAACUUGCUCAGGUGUUGUUGGCAAUGAAGGCCAAUGUGGAAGACCGGGGCAUCAAGGGAGACUGCACCCCUCUCAUGGAGGCUGCCAGUGGGGGAUAUGUGGACAUUGUUCGCCUGCUCAUCAUCCACUCAGCAGAUGUCAAUGCACAGUCCUCGGCUGGUAACACUCCCCUGCACUAUGCGGCCUGUGGUGGCUAUGAAGACGUUGUUCAAGUGCUGAUAGAGGCAGGGGCCAAUGUGGAGCAACACAAUGAGAAUGGUCACACACCCCUCAUGGAGGCCGCCAGUGCUGGGCAUGUGGGCGUGGCAGCCAUACUGCUCAACAACGGUGCAGGCAUCAACACCCAUUCCAAUGAGUUCAAGGAGAGUGCCCUUACACUUGCAUGCUACAAAGGCCACCUGGAGAUGGUGAAGUUCCUGUUAGAGGCUGGUGCUGACCAGGAGCACAAGACAGAUGAGAUGCACACGGCACUUAUGGAAGCCUCUAUGGAUGGACAUGUAGAGGUGGCACGCCUCCUGCUGGACAGUGGCGCACAGGUGAACAUGCCAGCAGACAGCUUUGAGUCCCCGCUCACCCUGGCGGCCUGCGGGGGUCAUGUGGAGCUGGCUAACCUGCUUAUUGAAAGGGGAGCUAACCUCGAGGAGGUCAAUGAUGAGGGUUACACACCACUCAUGGAGGCUGCACGUGAAGGACAUGAGGAGAUGGUGGCUCUGCUUUUAGCUCAUGAUGCGGACAUCAAUGCCCAGACAGAGGAGACCCAAGAGACAGCGCUGACUCUGGCCUGCUGUGGGGGGUUCCUGGACGUGGCAGACUUCCUGAUAUCAGCAGGGGCGGACAUUGAGCUGGGUUGCUCCACACCCCUCAUGGAGGCUGCACAGGAGGGACAUCUCGAGCUGGUCAAAUACCUCCUCAAAUACAAAGCCAAUGUGAAUGCUACAACUGGUACGAAUGAUACCGCGCUAACAUAUGCCUGUGAAAAUGGUCACACAGAUGUUGCAGAUGUUCUCUUACAGCAUGGCGCAGUACUGGAGCACGAGUCGGAGGGAGGUCGUACACCCCUGAUGAAGGCAGCCAGGGCAGGACACCUGUGUACUGUGCAGUUCCUCAUUAGCAGAGGUGCUGAUGUGAACCGUCAGACAACCACUAAUGAUCACACUGUGCUUUCACUGGCCUGCGCUGGUGGGCAUUAUGCGGUUGUGGAGCUGUUGCUGGCAUUUGGUGCUGACCCAACUCAUAAACUUAAGGAUGGCUCUACAAUGGUGAUAGAGGCUGCCAAGGGUGGACACACAACAGUUGUUAAGCUGCUACUGGAGUACCCCAACCGUGUACUGAUGAACCAUGGUCAGGAUCUACCACAGAUACCCGACUCCCACCAUGUUGAGUCCAGAGUGCCAAUCCAUGGUUUGGCCAACAUUGUUCCACCCAGUGAGCCUGAUUCCCACAACUCCAGAAAUAAUUUGACCACUGCCACCUGUGAGCACGUUGAUGGGGCAUCACCAGUGAAGAGGAAAGCACAGGAGAAGGACGUGAACAUCAUGUCCAAGUCAAGUGACCAAAUCUGGCAGAGCAUGCAGAAAUCCUUACGAAAGUCAGGGCCAGGCAAUCAGCAUAACAUAGAUGCAGCGACCAAGACCUCGAAAACAUCCAAUUUAACAACUUCGGGAGAUAUAGCAGCUCAGAUCAAUGAGAACAGUAUGAUUUCUGAUCUGUUACCUGCAGAUUUCCAAGCCAUUGAUCUGAAAGCAGGGGAGAAUCUGGAGGCCAUUAUCAAUAACGUAAUGGGCAAGGAAUAUAUCAACACUUCGUCCUCAAGAGAAGAGCAGAUACUGCGCAAACAGCAGAUCCUAGAGGAACUACAAAAGGUGGAGAAAGAGUUGCAGGAGAAAGCACAACAACAGUGGCUUUUCACAGUGCAGCAACAGCAUCAGCAGCAACAACAGCAACAAAUGCAGCUCAGGCAACCCCAUCUGGUCCUGCCCAAGGACUUAGAAUCCCAAAAGAAGAUGCCUGUGUCUAGUCAGUCCCUGACCUCCACCUUAGCACCAUCAUCUGCCUCCUUGGUUUUCCCCGAGCCGAUCAUGUCCAACAACCUCGAUAAGCAGCCCGUCAGAUCUGUCAACUUGGAAACCUCACAAUCAAACAUAAAGCCCAAUAUACUGGAAAGUGUAGCGGCCGCAGCAAAAUCCACUGUUGCUGCAAUCCUACCCAAAUCCACGCUGGAUGGUUUGUCAGGCUUUGAAUUUGAAAAGCAGUCAAAUAAUAAACAAGGAAAUGAGGAUAAAGUUUUGUUCUCAGAGAAGACCGUUUCGUGUUCACAUAAUGCAUCUGUUAUCAAAGAAAACUCAGAACGAAAAGAACCUACUAGAAACAAGGCAGUCACUACAGAAACCCAAGAAAUAGAGAAGAAAGUUCAAGGCACUGGUGAGGUGUCUGGAAUUGGAGGCCUGUCUGAAGACAAGACCAUACCUGGCAAUGGAAAUACGGGGGGCAAGGCGGCUUCUUGUACAUCUACUGCCAAUGGACCAGUCUUCUCUCAUAACGGUGGUAUGUUGUCGAGUCCAACAAUGGUGAGUCAGUCCAGUCGAGCCCCACUGCCAGUGUCUGGUCAGCUGCUUGGUCAGUUCCCCAGCCUGCCGGUCAGUCUGACCCAGCCCCAACUGGGCUUUAACCUGCUGACCGCGCCUGCCAAGCCUCCCCAGCUCACCCUGAGUCAGCAGCAGCAGCUGGAGCAACAACUGCAGCAGCUGCAACUUCAGCAGCAACAGCAGUUGGUGCAGCAGUCCACAGUGCUGAACCAGCCAUUUGUGUUGAACGACAACCAGCGUCAGACCCUACAGAACUUGAUCAUCCGUCAACAGCAGGAGGCUCAGCAGUUGGCUCAGCAGCAGUCUCCGCUGCAAUUCCCAGCCUUCUCACAGCAACAGGAGCACCUCUUCCAACAGUAUACAGCCCACCAACUGCAACAGGCCCAACAGGCAGCACAGCAGCAACAGCAGUUUGCUCUCACCUCCCAACACCAGGUCCAGCCGUCUGUGCAGCAACAACAUCAGUCUCUCCUGCAGCAAGCCCAGGCCCUUAAUCCACAGUUUCAACAACAAUUCUUUAAUCAGCAGCAGCAUCAGCAGUUACUGCAGCAGCAACAACAGGCUCAGCAUCUGCAAAUGCAUCAACAACAACAGCAGCAGCUGAAAUCUCCAGUUGGCCCCCCUCCUGUUCUGAAGCCUGGCCAGAAGAAGACCAAGUCUCUCCUGCCAUUGUCACUGAUCAACCCGGAGCACAAGGAUCUAGACAUGCUGUCCCCCUCCACACCACUGACCCCUAAUCCCUCGCCCCCUUCCCCGAACACCAUCUCUCCCUUGUACACACCCAUAGAUCUGGAUGCACAGACGGAGAGCAAUCAUGAUACAGCGCUCACGCUGGCCUGUGCUGGGGGACACUCUGAACUGGUCACCCUGCUACUCAAUAAAGGAGCAGACAUUGAACACAGGGACAAAAAGGGUUUCACUCCACUGAUUCUGGCUGCAACUGCGGGUCAUACGGAUGUAGUGGAGAUACUUCUUGAACAUGGGGCUGAUAUUGAGGCCCAGUCUGAGAGGACCAAGGAUACCCCACUAUCGUUGGCCUGCUCUGGGGGCAGAUAUGAGGUUGUGGAGCUGUUGCUGUGUCGUGGUGCCAACAAGGAACACCGCAACGUGUCUGACUACACCCCUCUCAGCCUGGCUGCCUCGGGCGGCUUUGUGAACAUCAUCAAACUCCUGCUGUCUCAUGGCGCAGAGAUCAACUCUCGCACAGGGAGCAAGCUGGGCAUUUCACCUCUUAUGCUGGCUGCCAUGAACGGGCACACUGCGGCAGUGAAGCUACUCCUCGACAUGGGCAGUGACAUCAACGCCCAGAUCGAGACCAACAGGAACACCGCCCUCACCCUUGCAUGUUUCCAGGGGCGACAUGAGGUGGUCAGUCUGUUGGUGGACCGCAGGGCGAAUAUUGAACACAGGGCAAAGACUGGUUUGACUCCACUGAUGGAGGCUGCUUCUGGUGGCUAUGUGGAGGUGGGAAGAGUGCUGCUAGACAAGGGGGCCGAUGUCAACGCGCCCCCAGUACCCUCCUCCAGGGAUACAGCACUCACCAUUGCUGCAGACAAAGGCCAUUAUCGCUUUGUAGAGCUCUUGUUGUCCAGACAUGCUGCUGUUGAUGUCAAGAACAAAAAGGGCAACUCUCCACUAUGGCUGGCUUGUAAUGGAGGGCAUCUGGAUGUAGUGCAGCUGCUGGUGACUGCGGGGGCUGAUAUUGACAGCCAGGACAACAGGAAGGUCUCCUGCUUGAUGGCCGCAUUCAGGAAGGGACACGUGAAGGUUGUCAAGUGGAUGGUGAAACAUGUCAACCAGUUCCCAUCAGACACAGAGCUGUCCAGAUAUAUACAGACUGUAGCAGACAAGGACUUACAGAAGAAGUGUCAGCAGUGCUUUGAGAUAAUCGUUCACGCGAAGGACCGUCAGGCGGCAGAGGCCAACAAGAACGCGACCAUCUUGUUGGAGCAGCUUGAUAAGGAACGGCAGGAGGAGGAGAAUAGGAGAGCCGCCGCAGCCAAGAAACGAGAGAAGAAGAAAAAGAAGAAGAAGCAGAAACAGGAGUCAACCAAGGAUAAUGAGAAUGAAAGUAACAGCAAGAAUUCGAGUCCAGAGCCUGAGGCACUGGCAGAGGACAUCCACCGUAUUGACCUGCAGGUGAAGAGCAGUGAAGGGGAGGUUAUCCUACAGCCCCCGUCAACCACCACCACCUCCACCCUCGGAUUGACUAUAACAACAACAACAACAACUGAGCAGAUUGUGUCAAGCAGUAGGAACCAAGGGAAAAAGCCAGAAAAGAGAAGAGUGAACGAGUCUGGAAUGAAUGCUAUGGAAGAAAACAGGGUUGGCCCACAGGAUGAAAAUAGAGACCCAAAAAACAACCGAGAGGAGAACAACAUCUCCAACCGGUCUAGUGCCACCGACAGGACUGAGUUGAAGAAGAACAAAAAGAACCGUCGAGACCGGGACCUUACUGCCAGUAUCACCAAGUUGAAAGCUUUAGAGGGGCAGGCUGGUAAAGUGGCUGGCGAGUCGGUGAAGCCUCCAAGGUCUGCAGUCGUGAGAAGGAAGAAGUCGGACAAGGAAGGGCCUGUUAAUUCCUCUACGGGUAUUACUGCAAUUGGAGAUCUUGAUGACUUUGGGAAUAUCCCUUCAAUAUCGGACUGGGACAUGGUGAAACUGCGGAAAACUGCAGAGAAAAAAACACCUCCAAGAUUUACGGUAUGUUUUAGUGAAAAGACCCCAUAUGAGAAGGCAGAAAGCGAGGCUAGCAAUCCAGUCAUGCUGUCAGUGAAGGCCAACCAGCCCUUGGUGAACAGUCCAAAGAGGGGACAGAAGAAAGAGGAUGGCUGGAAGGAAGUUAUCAGAAAAUCAAAGAAAGUUCAGGUUCCAGCUAAUGCUAUCAGCCGUGUAAUUGGUCGUGGUGGGAGUAACAUCAAUGCGAUCCGAGAAUUUUCUGGGGCAAAUAUUGAUGUGGAAAAAAAUAAAGGCUCUGGAGAGAGGACGAUCACUAUUAAGGGCUCUGCGGAUGCAACCAGACAGGCCCAUGCCCUGAUUUCUGCAUUAAUAACAGACCCUGAUAAGGAGCUGAAUGAGAUCAUCCCAAAGUUCAAGCAGAAGCCACCGCCUCCCCCAGUGGAGAACAAGAGCCUCUUCUUCAUACCUCCCACAGACAGCCCUCAGCCCCAGUCCAAUCCAGCUAGCAGUCAGCAUGGCAACACCUCCCAGCAGAGAUACACCAACAAGACCUUGGCCCCAAGAUUGCAGCAGCAGGCUGUGUCCAAUACAGUGUUAUCUCGUGCGACUGGUCCUGCACCCAGCUUGCCUACCACAAACAUGGUCUGGGGUGGUACCUCUCCUGCCCCAGGUGUCUCUGUGUCACCCAGGCGUUACAUGGCAAAACUGCAAGCUGGGGACCAGUUCCCAGUCACAGGUGCAGUGCUGAAUGGUCCACAUUCGGCAGACAAGUCAGCAGUAACCCGGCAGUUGUUCUCGGUUGAGAAACGAACGGGAUUUGGUACGCCAAACACUAUGCCCCUAAUGACGACAGUGACUGGUCCAACUUCGACAAGUCAAAGUACAUUUCACAUACGGCCUCAAGUCAGCAGUGGAAGUAGUGGAACUAGACUUGUACCAGGCUCUGUCAAGGUUUUACAAAGACCUACAUCAGUUCGGCAAGGAAAGCAUGACCCUCAACCAUUGCCUAUAGUCCCAAACCAGGCAACAACAACUAUGACUACUUCAUCAGUGAAUUCUGCAAACAACAGCCUCAAUAUGUCAUCUUCUGGAGAAUUUUCUCCCUUCGAUAACUUUUUCAGCAAUGCUAAAGAACACCUGAUGGGAAGGAAAGAUGACGGAAGUGAAAGGAUGAAUUUUGCUAGUGUUGCAGCUGCAGGUGUUGUUUCCACUAUACCAAUGUCAAAUAUGAUGUCUACAGACCCCACUUCACCAGAUCCCACACUGCAGGCCAAGGCGCCAGGUUUUAAGCCUCCAAUGGGUGCAGGGCCAAGAAUGCCAGUUCCUAUGCAUGAUAUGCACUCUGCUUACAGAGUCCCUAUGCCCAUGGUUGGAAAUCAGUUUAUGGAUAUGAUGGUGCAAGGCUUUCCAAACUCUCAAAAUUUCCCUGGAGGUCCAAUGCAGCAACAUUUCAUUAAUGGAAGCCCCAAUCUAUCGCCAAGAUCCAAUCAGUCUGGUUCGGCUGGACUUUCCCCAAGGUCGAACAGUUCUGGUUUUGAUCCACAAGGACAGAGGGAAGAGUACACCACUCCAAAUCAGCCAAUGACACUGCCCAAAAUAUCCAGUUCCUUGAAUCCCAAUGCUCCAGAUUUUACGUCACGGUCGUUGGCAGGCAAUGGUCCGUUCCAGGCUGAAGGAGGAUUAGCAAACUUUCCAAACAUUGGUGGCGUUUUACAAAAGAAUAAUCUUGAAUUGGCCAAACAGCUUGCUUCAGCCAUUGGGAAGAUAGGAGGUCCUGCUGUGCCUUCAAUGGGUCCUCCACCACCAGCCAGUCAAAGCCCUAUUCCUAGCAACCAGGACAUUCUAGGGAACCUGACUGCCAGUCAACAGGAGCUGUACAUGGCCAAUCUCAUGCACCAGUUGUCUGCAAUUCACAACCAGAUGCCUGGUAACCCUGCCCUAGUGCCAGGUUUCACACCCCCUAUUGUUCAGCGCCCGUUCUCACCACUCACAGGUCAAGGUAGACCAAGCAGUGCUCCAUCUGUCGGAGGAAUGAUACAUAGAGAGGUUCCAUCUCCCACCCCUAUAGGCCCACCGCAGGCGUCCUCCCCCAUGCCUCCCGGUACCCCACCCAUCCCGGAGAUGAUCCGCCCGGGACUGGAGGACCGGCGCCAGCCCAGACCCAUCGGGGGAGAGCGCACCUUCAGGAAACCUGCAGGGGGACCCAUCACUGACUAUGGGGAACCUUUCUGGAGUUUCCAACCUGAUUAUUCCAAUGUAGACUGGGGUGCGAAGGUUCCCACCUCUUUCAUGACGAGUGCAUCGCUGGCUACGUCAGUGAUCUCCACGUCUGUGAUUGCUGGUGGUACCAUGGUGACCAACCCAUCCUCGGGCGACACCCGGGGUCUCAAUCCCGACAGUCAGAGCCCGGUACCCACAGAUGACCUGUCUGAGCCAGUGUUUUCACAAUUUGUUCAGACGUCAAGGCUGGGUCCAAUGCCGCUGUUCAAUGGUGUGGGUGGUCCAUAUGUGUCGGCGGCCUUCAAUCAAGGUGCGGGAGACAACCUGCAGAGCAUGUGGGCAGCCCACGGGGACAUGCCUAACACAGACGAACUCCAUAUGAAGGCACCGAUUUGGAACUGGAACAACAGCUAGGAAGUGUAGGAUGUGGUGGAGCCUGGGUGCGCUAUAAGAUAAUGUGUGACGUCAACUGGUGACAUUCUGCUGCCAUGGCAACAGUCCACCACCUCGGUUGUGUGAUCUUCUUUCUUACUUGUUUACUCUGGUUGUUUGAGCUCCUUUGAGCUGAUGGUAGAAGACAUGAUAUGUAGUAUGUUUAAUUUCAUCAGGAAGUGUUGACCUGUACAGAAUAUUGUUCAUAGGGGUGUAAUUACCAUUACUAAAUGUAAAUUAAUUUGGUAAUGACAGAUGAUGGAAUUUCAAGUUUAUGAUUUUCAGUUUGAUGUACUAUUUAACAUUACUAAAUGUGAUUAAUAAGGUAAUGGAUGGAAUUUCAAGGGCAUGAUUUUGAAUUUGAUGUACUAUUGUAGAAAUACUUUAUUAAUAUUUGAUAAUUUAAUUUGGGAAUUAGAUUCACUAUAAAGAUUUAUUUCAAUCCUUUGAUUGGCUCUGUUUUCACGUAUUGUAGUCUACUGUUAGUGCUGUAUUACUUCAUCACUUUGUUGAGGUCUGCUUUGUUUUUAAUUUAUUGAGAAAUCAGCUCUCUGGGUGGGCUGAUGUAAUAUUGGCUGGGAACUUCUUGUUAAUUAAAGUGUGUACAACACUGAAAAAAAUUGACAGAUUAAGCUUACAUUAAAUUUGACUAUCUGAAUUGACUAUUUAAAAAACAACAAAGGCGGUCCUGCAACAGGUUGUUGUAGAGCCUGCAGGACCCUGGUGUCCCUCCUGAAUGAUGUUGUCCGUUGGUGACUUGUACAUUGCCUGAUUGAAAGCAAUAUUUUCAUCAGACUCUGUAUGAUGUAUAUUAUUCUGAUACAUGAAUAAAAUAAUUGCAUUCAA